AUGCCAUUAGUGGUUGAAGUUAAUGAAAUGAAUAAUGAAUUACAUAAAUUAACUCUGAAGAAUUUACUUCAUUCUUCCUAUAAAAAGCUUGACGAAUGGCGUAAAAAAUCUCAUCAAAUGAUUGAAAUGUAUUUUACAGAAAAAACUAAAGAAUUAGAUUUAUAUAUAAAUGAAAAAGUCAAAAACUUAAAAAAUAAUUUUAAUGAAAUUUAUGCAAAAAUCAAUUCAUUUGUAAAUGAAAAAGAAACAACACAUGAACAAAUUAAUUUAUUAACAUUUGAAAUUCAAGGUUUACAUAAAGAUAUAAAUAAAAUAAAAAAUAAUGAUUUUCAAAUUCAAAUAAAUUCUUUAAUUUUAGACGAAAAUUUAAUUAACUUUGAUCAAUCAUUUCAUGCAUCAAUUCUUCCACCUGUAUAUAGAGUAAUCGAUCGUAAUGAAGAAAGUUUUACGCCAUUAGCUACUGAUAAUCAAUUUUUAUUAUUACAUCAUGAAGGUACAUUACUUUUAGUUGAUGAAGAAUUAACAACACCUAAGCAAAUUCCAUGGAACCACGGACCAAUUUAUGAUAUGUGUUAUUCAUCGGCAUUAAAACGAUUGAAAUUUAUACUAUUAUUAUAUAGUUAA